AUGUCAGACUUCCUCCGCAGAGCAUCCGACGCGUUCCAUCAUCGCGAGCGUCAAGACUCGACCAGCUCGACCGGCUCAGCCGGCUCAAUGGACGCACCCAUAUCUCCUAACGCAGCAAAAUUACCCGAGCAACAGCCAGCAAAUCAAAAGUUCGAGUCCGCGCAGCCUGCUUCUCAGGCCAGCAAUCCUUCUGCUGACACAGCAACUAAGGAUCUGAAGAACCGCCACUCCUGGGGCUGGGGCAACAAACAUGGGAAAAUCCCCGACUCAAAGCAGCAACCUAAUCAAAAGCCGAAAGACAGUAGCAAUGACUGGAUUUUUGCAUCGUAA